CUGCUAGGAGGAGGGGCCAGGUGAAGGUGGAAUACGAUGGGAAGGUGGAGCCUAAACACUGGGAGCCUCCUGAUUGGAGCAAGCAGCUGGGUCACGUGCGUCAGAUGAGGAGCGCCAGGGACGCGCCUGUUGACCUCAUGGGGGCGGAGAAAUGCUACGACACACACGCCCCUGAUGAGGUGCGACGUUACCAGGUGCUGGUGUCUCUGAUGUUGUCUAGUCAGACAAGGGACCAGGUGACCAGUGCAGCUCUGCAGAGACUCAGGGCUCAUGGCUGUACGGUGGACAACAUAGUCAACAUUGACGAUGACACACUGGGACAACUCAUCUACCCUGUUGGCUUCUGGAGGACCAAGGUGAAGUACCUGAAGCAGACAUCAGUGAUACUCCAGAGAGAGUUUAGAGGGGACAUCUCUAACACAGUGGAGGGCCUGGUACGACUACCUGGAGUUGGACCCAAGAUGGCUCACCUGGCCAUGGACAUCGCCUGGCACCAGGUCUCUGGCAUAGGCGUGGACACACACGUCCACCGUAUCUCCAACCGGCUGGGAUGGACAAGAGGUGGGACCAAGAACCCAGAGGAGACACGCAAGGCCCUGGAAGACUGGUUACCAAGGGAUCUAUGGAGUGAGAUCAACUGGUUGCUGGUGGGGUUUGGUCAACAGGUGUGUCUACCUGUCAAUCCUCUCUGCUCCGUGUGUCUGAACAAGCACAGCUGCCCCUCCGCCCACCAAGCCUCCCCAGCCAAGAGGCCUAAAGCUGGGUCACCUCGCUCACCACACUCCCCCAAGACCUCCAGGGUCAAGCUGGAACCUGGUUCUCUUUGUUUGGGGUUACCACCCCCUUCCUCCUCCUCCUCAGCCACACCUGUCAAAGAGGAACCUCUGGCUACCGCCCUCUCCCCUCCUCUGCUGCCCAGAAAAAGGAAGUCCAAAGCCAAAACCUUCUCUACAUGAUACGACAGAAGGGACUAGAAUCCCUAUAGAGAUAUAGGGUCCUUCCUCCCAAAGUGUGCACUUGUCACUUCCCUGACUGAUUUGAAAUGAGCGGUACUAGAAAUAUGGUGGUAACUCCUACUAGCCCAGUGGUAUUAACUUCUUUAGCGGGGAGACCAUUUUCAGACCAAAUUUCUGUGGACCCCAUUUAUUUUGCUAGAAUUUCACAACCCCACCCCAAAAAAAACCUUCAAAUCGUUACAUUCAGAUCAACUAAUGACCAAUUCAUUAUAUUUUCAUAUUUAUCAAACUGAAAACCAAUAAAUAAAAGUACUCAAUAAAAUUGUAUUUUUCAAAUGAU